CUUAGCGCUUAUUGCCUGCUCCAACUUCAAAGUUUACAGCAAAGCCAUAGCUUAGGAGAAAAAGAGCAUUCAAUGGCUCGCCAUGCUACAAGACGAAAACGAAAUUUAUCGAGGAACAUUCCAGGACUCCCGAACGAGCUGAUUGUGAUGAUUUUCAAUACCUGUCUUACUUCCGACCGUGCUGUUCUUCUACGAGUAUCGAAGCAUUUUCACGAGCUGGGGCUCCGCUCACUUUACCACUCAAUCUGGAUCACGAAAAUCUACGCUCUCGAAAGCCUGCAUAGAACGUUGGUUGACGCGAAUGCGGGCUACGCAAAGCUAAUACGAGUCUUUGAAGUGAUAAUAGUCAAAUCAGAUCAAUUCCCAACGUUUGUGUCACCGGAUACCAAUUCCUUACAAGACAUUUUAUUUCAACUAAAAAAUGUCGAAAAAGUGCAGGUCUACGCACCAACACUUAUCACUAAGGAUUUUGGCAUGGCAAAAGGUCAUUUCUCGAUAUCCAAGAUUCUAUUUCCCCAAUGCCUUACCUCCUUUACCUUGGGCAUUUCUUGGCCCGACAUUCUUUCCAACACUUUUGAGGUCCUUCUUUCACAGCUUGCGUCCUUGGAACUCCUUUUCAUAGAAUGUGUUGGACAUUUUUGCGCACAAUAUAGCAUUAACGUAAAAGCAAAUCUUCCGAAUUUAACGACCUAUAAGGGUCCUUCUAUCCUUCUGCAAUCCCUCGCGCAAGGGUCCAAAAGACUCUCUUCACUCGUCCUCGAAGUAUUCGUGCAUUCUCCUUUCCCUGGCGGCCCUCUUACCACCGAUAUGAUAUCGGAAGAUCCGACGUUGCAACACUUGAAGAAAUUUGGUUCCAGGGAUGUGAGUGGUGGUAAACGAGAUGCCGUUGCAUUAUCUUUUUUGAAGAUUAUUUGCGAUUCGCCCGCAGCAGCAAAUGCCGCUUUGAAAUUCCUACCCCAAGUCGAACACCUUUCAUUGUUGUGUACGUCCGUGAAAUGGAUAACUCCAGAAAGGCUGCCGACUGAUCCUUGGCACGGCGAUUUCGAUUUGGACUUCCUCUCCGAGGCUUCGUCAUUGCGCAGGUUCAGCCUGUCCUUUGUCCAUUCCAAACAAUCUUUGCCUUGGGAUCUUGCCGUGAUUGCAGAGUUUUUGGGAAAUUUGAACUCAGGAUUGUUGGGAGUCCAUAUCUGUAAGAUUCGCGUUCGUAACUUCGACCAUAUCUUAAAUUGCCCGCCUUACGUAGACGGGGCCACAUAUCGAAGAUCAUGCAGUACAAUCGAAGGUGAAGCAAGCUGGUCGCGCGUUCUUGUUUGACUCUUAACCUAAGGCCUUGAUAUUUGAUAUAAAAAAGAAACACUAUAUGUACUACUACAAACGAGGCUCCAAUAGUAU